CCAAAUUUCACGACCUCCGUUCCGCUCAUCAAUCUACUCAGCCUGUCUUUGUCAGACAAUCCUCAAAGACGACGAGCGCCUAAUUAACGACCACAAUUACACCUGUUUGCGAACAGCUCCGAAACCUCGAGUAAAUAACGCACCGAGGAAACUCUAUUGAUAAUUGCACAUAUUCACGAUGGCGUACUAUGGGGCAGUCUCCUUUGAGUCCCUCUUUCGUCGAUGCGUAACUGGAUGUGAAGGCAGUCCAGCCUGUCCCACCUGUCCCUCGGAUCAGAUCUGCUCUCUCGUUCCUCCGACUUGCGACGAAUGUCAGCACACAGUCUGUGUUGCAGCUUCUGCUGCUCCAUCGACAAUCAGCUCAUCUUCAACCAAAUCAAGUUCAGGGCCGAAUGUUGGAGCCAUCGCAGGUGGAGUGAUUGGAGGAGUGGCAGUGAUAGUGGCCGUCACAUAUUGUGUCUGGCGAUUCUGUAUCAAGACGAAGCGACAACAAUACGAGCAAGAGAAUUGGGCCGAAGACCCCGAAGAGACUCUGCCGGCCGAGAAAGAUUUCACUAUGCGGCGAGAUGCAAGAGCUUCUACACAUACAGUUGGCUCUAUCGCUUCGACAGUAUUGACUCGAGCAUCCAACAUCAUCCAAAUCGCUUACAUCCCUGGUGUCACGAAUCGUUCAGCUCCAUCUACGCCUGGUCUUCUGGUACCGCCUGUUCCUCCGAUCCCAAUUGCAUUGUCGAAUGCAAGCACUCCACGCUACGAGCAAGAACACUUCUUUAUGCCUGGCGACCUUCGAGAUUCUACAUACUCUGGUGUCAGUGAUAGAACUUCAUACGCUCGGACAAGUGUGGCUUCAACCAUCUACGGCAAGAACGCCAUUGUAUCACCCAUCCCAGCUCAAACUGUUAUCAGAGGCAAGCCUGCUUUGGUUAGCGUCAAGUCCAAUGGCAACAGCUCGACUGGUGAGCUUACACCUCCCGUGCCUAGCGUGGACUAUAGCAAAUACGGUUCUCAAGGACCUCCAAGUCCUGCUUUCAGUGUCGGGUCUACCUUCUUGAACAACGCCAAUACUGCAACUACAGUAAGACCACAAGUUGUCCGGGUCGUGAGUGCCCCAAAGAAGGCUUCUCCUACAGGAUCCCUUGCAGAGGAGCGAAGUCUUCUUGGUCGAGACUCUAACGCCAUAACGAUUAUUGAUGACACUCCUACUGUUGAGCAAGGCCCUUUCAGAGGUACUCGAGAGCAUCGUCCUAGUAGCAACAGCACCCUAAGUGCCGUUAUCGAAGAAGCUCAAGCUAAGAAAGCUCAGAGCGCCAGUGGUUCAUCGCCAAAGACAGAUGGUACUCCAUUUGGAGACGAACACGAAGUAAAGGAAUGAUGGGGUCUCGCUGGAUGAUGAACCAUCUGUGGGGAUGUCGAUUUUUGCCGCAUCCCAGGACAUGACUAUUAGGAUUCUUCUGUUUAUAUUUUAAGCUCUUUUAACGGCGAUCAGGAUGGCGCAAGGAUAUGGUGAUAUCCUCUCUGGGGAACUUACCGAAUAUAGGGAGGCUCCUUGAUCAGCGUCUUCGAUACAAUAUAUGAUUGCAAUGGUCUUCAACGAAACACAUCAUGGUGACUUUUCUUUAUUUGUCAUUACCAUCUACCACGUGUCUCCUUAUUCUCUCUAUAUAAGGGCCCGGUCUUGUAUCCCUAUUCGAAGUUUGUUAGGUUGACUCUCUUGUCACUUCUACUCCG